AUGGGAGAUGGUAAUGGCACAGCAGUGACUGCAUUUGUGUUGCUGGGAUUCUCAGGUUUGGGCUACCUCCAGAUCCCCCUCUUUUGUGGGGUGCUCUGCAUCUACCUGGUUACCUUGCUGGGAAACGCUUUGAUCAUCCUCCUCACGCUGGUGGAUCCCGCCCUGCGCUGGCCCAUGUAUUUCUUCCUUCGUCACUUCUCCGUGGUGGAGAUCCUCUAUACUACAACCAUCGUGCCUCGGAUGCUGUGGGAUCUGCUCGCCUCCCACCCUACCAUCCCACCAACCAGCUGCUUCACUCAGCUAUAUUUCUUUGCCCUCUUUGGCAUCACUGAAUGCUGCUUGCUCACGGCCAUGGCCUAUGACCGCUAUGUUGCCAUCUGCCAGCCCCUGCAUUAUGCUACUCUGAUGCACCGGGGAGCCUGUUGGAGUAUGGUGGGGGCCUCUUACCUCAUGGGCAUCAUCACUGGCACUAUUCAUUCCAUCUGCAUCUUCACCCUCCCCUUCCAUGGUGCCAACACUAUCCACCACUUCUUGUGUGAUAUUCUACCUGUGCUGAAACUGGCGAGUACAAGCACCUUCUGGGGUGAAGUGGGGAAUCUUGCUGUCACCGUCGCCUUUAUUGUGACCCCUUUUUUAUUGAUCAUGGCCUCCUAUGCCUGCAUCCUUACCACCAUCCUUGGGGUCGCAACAUCCCAAGGACGUCAAAAGAUCUUCUCUACCUGUUCCUCCCACCUGUUUGUGGUCAUACUUUUCUUUGGGACCGGUACUGUUGCCUAUAUGAGGCCUUGGGCAGAUGAUGCACAGGACACGGAUCAGGUGCUUGCCUUCUUCUACACAAUAGUCACCCCCAUGUUCAACCCUUUUGUCUACACGCUGAGGAAUAAGGAGGUGACAGGGGCCAUGAGGCGGCUGGUGAAGAGACAUCUUGGGAGUUCGCGAUCCCCUUGA